AUGAGUAGUGGAAUAUCAUUUGCAAGAAAUCUACAUAUUAGAAUUAAAAAUGGUGUUACAUCAGCACCAUUUGGUUAUGCAUCAGUAUUGAAAUUUGGUAUACCAGUGAUACCACCAAGAACUCCAGGUAAAAUUGAAGUUAUUGAAUCACCAAUUUUAAAAUAUGCACAAGAAUUUGCUGAUAGUCAUCGUGAAAUUGGCUAUUUAACAGAUAAUCGUUUAUCACAAGAUGCAUACAAUUAUGCAAGUUUAAAACUUUCAUACAUGAAAAAAGGUUUAAGUGAAUCACAAGCUAAUACACAAGCAAAAAAAGAUGUUAUAAAAAAUUUAGAAGUUCGUUCAUUAGAGUUGGAUCUCAUUCAAAAUCAAGCUCUUAAAAUUGGUAUUCCAUCUUUUCAACCAAAAUCUCAUUUAGAACAAAUUAAUACUUUAACAAAAAAAGUUGAAGAUCGUAGAGCAGAAUAUGAAAUUAUUGAAGCAAGAGAAAAAUUAGAAGGUACAUUGGCACUUAAAUUUCAAUAUGGUGAUAUGACACCAUUAACAUUAUCAAAUGUAUCAUUAUUAUCACCAAUUCAAUAUUUUAUUUUUGUUAAAGAACAUCCAGAAUAUCAUAAAGUUUUACUUCAACCAAUUGGUGAAGAUCAAGGAAAAGUUAAUUUAGAAGAAAUAAAUAGUAGUGGAGGCAGAUUCACAGCCUAUGAUUAUUCAAUGAAUCCAAAAAAUUCAUUCUUUUUAACAUUUUCAAAGAGUGGCAAAUCAUAUAUGGAUUUAGUUACAAUGGGAAAUGAUAUGGUUUUAGAAAAGGGAGUAAAAAGAAAAGUAGCAAAAAAAGAAUCAACAAAAGAUGAAGAUGAUGAUGAAGAUGGUGUUGAUGAUGAUGAAGAAACAACAAUAACAGAAUCAGAAGAAACAGAGGAUGUAGAAUAUGAAGCAGCAGAAAAAGCAAGAGCUCAAUAUACAAUGAGAUUAAGUGCAAAAUUAAAAGAAAAUGAUUUCAGUUUCACAUUGACAGAUUUAGAGAAAAUACCAAAUUCAAUCGAUAGAACUCAACUCGUUCAAGAUAAAUUAAAAAAGAAUUUCUUCUCUGUUGAAUCACUCUCUCAAUCUAAAAUCGAUGUUGAACAAGGUCGUUUCAUUUCUAAAGAUAAUGGAUUCCCAUCAGCUGCCAAUAUUCCAUUGGAUAGUUUUUCACGUUUACCAACCGUUAGUUCCAUUAAAACUUUGAGACAUCUUUUGUCAAUCGGUGAUGUCUCUAAAGAACUUUAUGAAUAUUUAGAAAGACAAGAAAGUGGUGGUGGUGCUAAAAUUGACGAGUCAGUCAUUGGAGGAGGUUCUGAUAAAAAUGGUAAUUCUUCAUUAUCAGCUGAUUCAAACAUUGGAAAGAAUUACCUUUUUUCAGAUUUAUCACAUAUUGAAACUUUAAGUAACUUAAAGAGAUACAAUGAUAUUCCAGUUAACGAUGGUUUAAAUUCUGUUGAAACUGAUCUCAAAGAGACUUACGUUAAUACCGUAUUGAAUGUUACUGAUAAACUCUAUACCGCUCCAAUCAAGGAACAAAGAAUUUUGAAAGAAAAGUUUAGUAAUGAAUUCACCUUUGAAGAAUCACUUUCAAUCGAUGAUCUAAAUUCACCAAUCGAUGAAUUUGCUGAAGACCUUAUUACUCAAUCACCACCAAAAGGUCCUAUCAUUGAAGAAGAUGGUUUAAUCGAUUUAAAAAAUACAAAUAUCUUUUCAAGUCAACCACUCUAUGAAUCAUUUAUAACAAACAAAUAUCAAUCAAAUACUAAAGAAGAAGAAGAAGAAGAAGAAGAACAAAAACAACAACAAUUAAAAGAAAAAAAAGAGGAUGAAGAAUAUCAAAAACCAAAUUUCCAAAAUAUUUUAUCAGAUGAAGCACUUAAUAUUGCUAGUGGUAAAUCAACAAUGGAUCCAUUAUAUUUAUUGGAUGCAAAUAAUAAUAGAAGUACAUUAUUAUAUCAAAAUUCAACUAAAAAACAACAACAACAACCAUCAUCAUCGUCAGUAAAUUCCCAAACUGAACAAGAAAUUGAAUCAAACCCAACUACUACUUUAUUUGAUAAAUUUUUUGAAAAGUAUAUCUUACCAGAAAAUAUUGUAAGUUAUUCAAAAUAUCACGCUAAAAGAAUUAUUCAAGAUGAAAAUAGAAUUAAAUCCCAAUUAAAUCAAGAGUUAUUAUUAAAACAACAACAAGAACAACAACACAAUCAAAACUCAAUAAACAAGGAUCAAACUCUCAUAUUAGAUGGUCCAACCUAUGAGAGAUUAUCAAUAUUAAAAUUAAAUCACAAAGAAACCACCGAUCUCCAAAUAAAAACAGAUAUUGAAAUGGAAAUUGUGGAAAUCUUGGAAAGUUUAACAAAUCAAUCAUUGACCGCCAGAAAGAAUGCUCAUAAUCAUCUAUACCCAGAGUAUAAGAAUGCCUCAAAGUCAAUCAUCAAUGAAAAGAAGAUCUCUGAAGAUUUAAUUAGAUAUGUUAUCGAUUCUGAUCUCAUCUCUCAUAAAUAUAAUGUUGCCCCAUCCAUCGAUAAAGAAGACAAGGUCGAUUUUAGAACUUUGAAAUUGGAUCCAGAAACUGAGCAUCAAUAUGCCCACCACAUUAAAGAGUUUAGAGAUAAAGAUGCCAAAGGUCUCAUCUCUCAACAAGAUGCCUUUGAAUUUACAAAUUACAUCAACUACUUAAAGGAAAGUUCUGCUACUUCUCCAAUCAUUCAAUCUCUUAAAUCUUCAAUUCAUAUGAAAUCAAAUAACAAUGAACUCAUCGAUCAAUUCAAUGCUGAAUCUUUAGAAAAAGAUACCACCACCACCGAUAAACUCUCCCCUGAAGGUUUGUUCUUUAAGCAACUCGGAGAAAUGUUCCCUUCCGAAGCUGAUAAAGAAAUUGCUAUCAAUACUCUCUUAUAUCAAAAUAAUAAAAAUCAAAAGAUUCAAAAACUUGAAAAUGAUUUGGUUAAUGCAAUCUCUAAGGAUUCCACCAUUCGUAUUCCUUCUCCAAAAGAAUUAAAUCAAUCUCUUGCUGAUGCCAAAGUUGAAUUCUCCAAAAAAACUUUAACUUCAAAGGAUCAAUUUGAUUUUGAUAAUUAA